UUGAAACAGUCCACGCUCGUAACCAGCAGGCGCCGACUGUGUGUUGUUCCGGAGAAAGUAGCUUGCGUUCUCCCGUUUGUAAAGACAGACACAGCCGGCGUCUUUGCUAUAUAGUUCUGUGUAGUAGCUAGCUAGUAAGAUCUUGAGACGGCUAGCUCCUGCAACAAAGGAACAAGGAGGGGCUCCUGGAGCUGGAGAAGACCAAGGGACUCAAGAAGAUGUGGAAAGCUUACAUGUUCAAAGUCAGCGCUUCCACAUAUCUCCUCUGUUUCAAAUCAGAUAUGUCCAACCCAGAAAGGAAGCUCCUGCUAGCUGAAGUAACCAGGGUUCUUCCAUCUGCCUGUCAUGGAGCUAGCUUCCCCUUCGAGGUCCACUUCAGAGGAAAAGGGUCACCAUGGAAACUGAAUGCCGGCUCUAAUGAAGAAAGGAUCAGUUGGAUGGACGCCAUUCUUCCUGGCUCCAGCAGUUCAGUUACUCGCUUCCAGCAGAGCCUCUCCCCUCCGCUCAUGACCGACUCCUCCUCCUCCGCCCAGUCUUCCUCUCUCCCUCCUCCCUACACCCCCACCAACACAACACCCUCCAGGAAACCAGGUCAACACAGCGCGUCACUCGGGAGCGACCCGCGCUUCAGAGCCGCCGCCAACCCUUAUAUGGAGGUCCCCAAACCAGCCUCCUCCGCGUCGUCCAGUAAAGAUCUGUUGAGUGAUGCUGAAGACGAUGCAUUUCUGACAGCUAGUCUUGGGGCACAGACCACCCCAGUUUCAAUACACGUCCCCCAGAAUUACUUGGUUCCCUCUGUAAGCCCACCACCGGGGACAUCCGAGGGGUCCAAAACCCACGCUCCCCCCAGACACUCGUCCAGUGACGGCCAGUUUGUCAAACCAGUUCCCUCACCUAGACCUAGACCUAGACCAAGGCCUCGCGCUUCUCCCGCCCCCGAGCAAGGUGACGACGAUUACAUCAAGAUGAUGUCGUUGCCAAUCAAGAAGAGGACGCUGCAAAUGACGGUAUCCGAGGGGGAGCUCCCGCAAUAUAUGGAGGUUGUUGGGGACGACAGUGAUCCAACACUGGACGAGGAUAAUUACGUAAUCCCCGACUCACCUCUGAGGUCGGAAAAAUCGUCUAAUAGUCUCCGGAGGGGAGUGGGCGGAGUCAACUCUCCCCAGGGGGCGGAGCUGAGAGGGGGCGGGGCUUCGGGGAAUCUCGUGGAAACCAUAUCGCAGCAUUUCAACAAAGAGCAGAUUGGAAUGUUGAUUCAAAUGCUUCAGGAAGUCAGAGUGGACGAGCGUCAGACGGCAGGGGAAGAGGCGAAGGCGUGGGAAGUCAGAUCCCCCUCCUCCCCCACUACCAACAGCAGUGAGGACUCCAUCACUCUCAGAGGAAAUCUCACUCGAGCACUCAGCUACGCACCAAACUUCUCAGAAGGAAUUUUGGUGACAGACGAGGACAGCGAUGAGUCUUAUGAGAAAAGACCGCAGUGGGCUAAAGCAGUUCCUGCCAAUGGGAAUCUGCCCCAACACAAUGAGCAGCAACUGGACACGCUCACCAACCUUCAGCAGGAGGCUCUCUAUCUCUUGAAGAAUGACAUCAGAGACCUCAGAGUCAUUGGACAUGGUGGUUUCGGCGAGGUGUUCAAGGGGGUGUUGCAGCAGCGAGGGGCGGAGUCAAUGCCAGUGGCAGUGAAGAUGACAAAGAAGACGAUAAGCGAAUACCUCCAGCAGUCGUUCAUGAAGGAGAUGACCAUCAUGUCUCAGAUGAUGCACCCCAAUAUCGUGCGGCUAUACGGGAUUGUCAGUGAGGAUGUGCCGUCACCAUGGAUAGUACUGGAGUACAUGGAACAUGGAGAUUUGAAGAGUUUUCUAACUGUAAGCAAUAAAGACAUCCACACAUUCACACUGCUUUCUUUCUCUCAUUCCUUGUCGGAGUAUCAGUUCCCCACUGGAGUUUUUUCUUUUUUUAGAAGAACGAGCGAUCGGUGCAACAAAUGGUCAAGUACAUGGUGGACGUUGCCAUGGGAAUGCAUUACAUAUCAGAGAGAGGGCUGGUCCACAGAGACUUGGCUGCGAGGAAUGUACUGGUGGGAGCAAACGAGAUAUGCAAGGUUGCCGAUUUCGGUCUCCUGCGGGCGAUCCCUCGCGACCUCUCUGUGUACACGGCCAGCCACAGUAUCCCCAGCCCCAUUCGCUGGAUGCCUCCGGAGAGUAUCAUCGACAGGGCGUUCUCUGCCGCCUCGGACGUCUGGAGUUUCGGUGUCCUCGUCUGGGAGAUGUUUAACCCAACAAAACUACCCUUUGAGAAAUACGACAACAUGGCUGUGGUGUCCAAUGUUAAUGAAGGGGCUUCGGCUACCCAUCCCAAGAGGAGCCCCCUCUAUUGUGGCCAAGAUAAUGAAGGCCUGCUGGCACAGGAACCCCAGCAAACGACCAUCCUUCCUGCUCAUAUCUACCCUCCUCUCCACAAGAACUUCCUUCUGAAUGUUGUGCUUUCCAUAGAGAGAGAUGUUUAUACUUUUACCCGUUGUACAUAGCGAUC